AAACAUCAAGAACCAUUUUGGAAAACCUUAAUAAAAAAAUUGAGUUCUGACAGACGGGAAGGUCCACCAACCAAGCCGGCUGGGGCAUCACACCGAUGACGGAUAUCCCGGAACUAACCAAAUAAUUAUCCCCACGUGUCCCACACUUCGGCAUGCCUCCCUCUACCGACGCCGUCUAACCCCUCAGUUUUUUCCGUCAACCCCCCCAACAAACAACUUUUAUUUGUGUCAUCUAAAUCCACUUAACGCCCCGUUUAUAAUUUCGCCGGUCAACACCAAAAACCCUAACUUUCCCCCUUUCUCUUUCUCUCUGUCUCUCUCCUCCUUCCCUUUCUCUCUCUAAAACUCCUCCCUGCGGCCGGUCGUCGUUGACCCAUCAUCAGAUCGCUUUCGUCCUACUCACCCGGCGCAACGUAGCAUCUCCACCAUGGAAGACGAUGAAGAAACCCACUCACACCCGUCGCCUGAGUCUGGAUCUCAGGCUUCUCCGCCGCCGAACGGGAGGAUUACGGUGACGGUCGCCGCCGCGCCGCCUCAGAACACCCUAACCCUGGCCCUCCCGAUCCAGCAGCCCAGAACAACCGGCAACGGCGGUGGAGGAAGCGGUGGCCGAGAGGAUUGCUGGAGCGAAGGGGCCACAUCGGUGCUCAUCGACGCCUGGGGCGAACGCUACCUCGAGCUGAGCAGAGGCAAUCUCAAGCAGAAACAUUGGAAAGACGUCGCCGAUAUAGUCAGCAGCCGAGAAGAUUACACCAAGACUCCCAAAACCGAUAUUCAGUGCAAAAAUCGCAUCGACACGGUGAAGAAGAAGUACAAGCUCGAAAAGGCCAAGAUCGCCGCCGGCGGUGCCCCGAGCAAGUGGCCUUUCUUUGACAGGCUCGACCGAUUGAUAGGUCCGACGGCCAAGAUCACCUCCGGUGCCGGAACAUCCUCCGUGAAAGUGCCUGUAGGAAUCCCUGUAGGGGUUAGGUCAGCCCAAUUUCAGCAACAGCAAAAACAGCUGAAGCAGAAGCAGCAGCUCCGGAGACGAGCUCCGGUGGAUUCAGACUCGUCUCCGGAGCCAUCUCCUGCUUCAAGCGACAGUUUACCACCGGAGCCGUAUGAGCGGAAGAGGCCUAGGGUUCAGAGAGAGUUGAAUUCGAAUCCAGUGCGUCCCUGCACCACACGGGGCAAAGAUGUAGAACGGAGAGAUAAGAAUUGGGGGAAUUCGGUGAGAGAGCUUACUCGGGCGAUUCUGAAAUUCGGAGAGGCAUACGAGCAGGCAGAGAGUUCAAAGCUGCAGCAGAUGGUGGAGAUGGAGAAGCAGAGGAUGAAAUUUGCAAAAGAGCUUGAGUUGCAGAGAAUGCAGUUCUACAUGAAGACUCAGUUGGAGCUGUCGCAGCUAAAGCAUAAGAGAGUUGGGAGUAACAACCAUCAUAGCAAUAACAAUAACACCAAUGACAACAAUAGUGAUAGCAUUAGUUAGAUUUAGAUUCAAAUCAAAUUAGUAUGAGCCAAAUUUGUACUUGAAUUUGGUAGUUUGGAUGUUUAACUCUCUCUUUUCCUUUGUUGUUCAAAUUUAACUAUUGUCAAAUGUUGCAAUUGUUAACUAAGCUUCAAAUGAAGCUCAUUAUUGUAUCAAAAAAAAUCUCUCUUGGUAUCCAUUCUGGAAAUAUUCUGUAUAUUCUCUCUUACAA